UCCCCAAUAUUUCCCCUUUCCAUGGUACUACUUCAUGACAGGGUAGGGAGGUGCAUCAGACAGCUGAGCUGAGGGGUAUUUCCAUGGCAAUAUCUCAUCGGGGGAAGGCGUGUCACUCACAGAAUUACUUAGCGCCCCUUUGUCCUCGGUCGGUGCCCAGCCAGAGACACUCAUGGCGGUUGCACCCGUCAAGCAGCGCUCGGUUACGGGAGGCACCCGGGCGCAGCUACCGCCCUGCUACUAUGAAGGAUAUUUGGAGAAACGAGGACCCAAGGAAAAGGCAUCCAGGCGACUCUGGAGCAGUCUAUGCGGGAACGCCAUGUUUUUCUUCAACAAUGCCAAAGACACUCACUACGUAGAGCGGUUGGACCUCGGUGGUUUUGUGUCUCUGAGGGACGACUGUAGCCGAGACAGGAACCUGGAGGCAGCCCGACUCAUUCUGCGCAUGAAGGAUGGAGAAACCAAAAUCACGGCACCCAACUUGGAGUCAAGAGAGCUUUGGAAAGGGUUCCUGUACUCAGUAGUAGAUCUCAAUGUCCCAGCAUGCCUCACUCUGCUGCCUGGCCAGCUGCAGAUGCUGAAGGAGGUGGUGGACAAGGAACGGUCGCGACGCAGAGCACGCACGCCCACGCGCGCCCCUCCCUCGCCGCUCUCUGUCCCCUUAGUGGGGGAGAUCCCGGCGUGCUUCCGCCCCGUGUCUCGUACAGAGGCGGAGGUCCUUCUGGAGCGCCACCCAGACUGUGGCAACAUGCUGCUGCGCCCGGGGAGGGACGGCUGCUCCCUGGCUGUCACCACGCGGCAGGACCUCAACGGGUCGGUUUUUCGACAUUACCGAGUGACCCAGAGGGAGCAGGGAGGCUAUAUCAUAGAUGUAGAGAAUCCAAUUCCCUGCUCCUCGCUCCACGAGGUCAUCGAUGCCCUGGUGGAGAAGACGGCCGGGACGCUACAGCCUUUCCUCCUGGAGGAGCCCUACGAGGAGAACAUCACGUAUGUUUCCUCCAAUGACGAGAAUGGAGAGAGGAUGCUCCACACCGCCCCGUCCAGCCCACUGCCCCGGGCCCCGGCCCUCCCCCCUAAACAAGAUCGGUUGUCCAGUAAACCUCUGCCCCGCUCCCCCGCCCCCGACCGCCGCAUCCUGGCGGCGGCGGUGCCGUCCUCCCCCACCAACCCCAUGAGGAGGCUCAUCCUAUCCCCAUCGCCUCUUGCACAAACUCUGAACGAGGAACUCAAACUGAAGCUUGAGAAGAGACGAGCCAGCCAGGAGUGAUCCUGUUCCACCAGCAUGCACCAUGAAGAGCCAUGUGCUGAUCUAACACUCUUCGCUGCCAAACUAACCUGAAUCUAUCACGGGACCCUAUAGCCACAGCUGUACAGUGUGACUCCAUCUUGUGCCUUCUGAGGUGGAAAAAACUAAACAAGUGACUCCUUAUCACCACAUAUGCUGCAUCUUAGAACAUUUCUGAGGAGGUCCAUAGCUGGGUCAGAGAUGGAUUGGAAUGACUUUGCACAGGAUGUGUUUUUUUUUUUCAAAGAACAAGGCAAAGAUACUGCCAUCUCAAUAGGAUGCCAGUUUACACCUUGCAACGUGCUGCCCAUUAUUAUGGAUUAAAGACCCAUAAUUCAGUUUAGUCUGUGAAAGCGAAGCUAACUUUUUUGUAUGCAGUUUUGUUUUCACUCAUCGACAUUAAAGGAACCUAGAUGACUUUCUGCGGAAAGAAAUGUAUACAAAUACACAGGUACGCUUAACUGAGCCCGUCCAUUGUGUCUGUUGAACCACACACCUGUUGGCCAACUGCUCAUUAACCCUGCUUCUACAAUAAUGACACAGAAGAGUCAAACGGGAUCAUGCAGGAAAGAUCAACCAAUCAGAACUUCGGUCCUCUACCUGAGACUGAUCUCAGGGCCCUGCCGACUGUGAGCCUGAUAAAGACCCGUUUCAUUUGGCUUGUUGAGUUCCAAACAAACAUGAUGAUGUGUCUGUCUGCAUUAUGACCACAUUGACUUGACCUGGUUCCCUCUUGCCAAAAUGUUGCUUCCCUUACUGUAUUGUUGAUUCAAUGGUGCUGUUGAAUCAUGGUGGUGACUCUGAAAUAAUGUACUGUUUUAGUGGGUGCUGGUUUCACAGUGAUUCCUUAUUGCUAUGGUCUUAUGUGUGCUGUUGUAUGGUGCUUAAACAAAACACUGACAUAUGUAUGAGGUUUUCUGAGUACCACUCUUACACAAUUGAAAAUGUUUACAAGUGUAAUUAUAGAAGGAAACCCUUUUUGUGAAUGUGCUGUAUGUACAUGCAAUGGCCAAUGUGUGGAGAGAAUGUUCAAAUCUGACCACUGAAAACUAUUUUGGCUUUGACACUAACGUUACAUUGUGUUUUACAUUCUACCUCCUUAUCUCCUAUUGCAGAUUAAUCAGCAAUUUAAUGAGUAACUAAAAUAUUUAACACGGGCCAGGAUUUUUGUACCACUAGAGGUCGGUAGAGAUCGAUGUUGUAAAUCCCCUCUCUGGUCAGAUUCUUGUGAAAUAUGUAGCCUACAUGUAUUGAAUGUCUUGUGUCAAAUGUGUUCGCAAUUAUCAGAGCUAGAUAUCGGUAUUAAAUUCCUUUUUGCAUGUA